AUGACACGAAAAAUUAAUCUUCCAGAGAAAUCUAGAGCAGACGUUAUUCGCUCGUUUUGUCGUUGGACUAGUGUGCGUGGCCUACAUCAUGUGUUCCGAGCAGAACAUCCAAUAUUGCGUGCUAUUUGGGCCAUUUUUGUGUCCAUCAUGCUAGCGGCUAAUGUGGGCCUAAUCGCACUGCUCAUGACACAGUAUCUACGAUUGAACACGAUCGAGAACAUUCGGACAUUGCAAGGUGUUGCAGUGGCGUUUCCACAUAUUACUUUGUGUAACGUAGACCCGGUCAAUUCCGAUCGAGUUUACUGCUUGAAAAAUAUCAACGCCAAAGGUUGCAAUAUGAAUCCGAAACACACGAAUAUUUUAGAAAAGUAUAUGACUGCCAGUAACUACUACACUCAGUUCAAAUCAUCACCAGUUUGGGAUAUUUUGGAAGAUCCCAGUUUGGUGGCAAUUUUUUAUCAGCUGAUCGGUAUGGAAGCAGCCUCACAAAUCGGACAUCAGUUGGAUGACUUCAUUAUUCCGACAUUUUGUGAACUGACAACUAGACAGAAAGGAGGUAUAUUGUUGAAACGAAAGUGUCAAGAUGCCAAGGUGGUCCCAAUCAAUUUCAUUACAUACAAAUACUUCAACUGCUACACACUGGCUAUUUCGGAUCCGGAAAUUAGUAACACCGCUGUACGCCUGUCUGUCGUGUUGUAUCUGGACGAAGAAGAAGACCUCAAUUGCCGACCACAUUGCACUCACGAAUUUACCGAGUGGGCUGGAGCAAAAGUUGUAGUGCACCCAGUGGGCACGUACCCGGAUAUCGAUCAAAUGGGCAUGAACCUGCUCCCGGGCGCAUCCAAUCAAAUUUUAGUGGACGAGAUUCGUCGCAUCGAGAAAAAGAAUCUACCACCGAAACCGUGUGAAACAGAAGUGAAUAAAACAUUGUCGUUGGCUUACUUCGACAUGAAAAAGCAACAGUUUCAAACGAGGGAAAUGAAGUAUACAGCAAACCUGUGCAUUCAACUCCUCUCCCAGGUAGCCACUAUGGAAGGUUGCAAUUGUGUGGAUUUCCUCAUGCCUAUACCCGGUUCCCAUUUGGAUCGUGUGGGUUACUUGCCUUUUUGUGGGAAUUUGUCACAACCGGAUGUGUUGCACAGCUUGAAAUGCAAUCAACAGGUUCGAAUGAACAAUUCCCGAGUGUUUAAUGACAUUUGUCGAGUACACUGUGUCCAAAUGCAGUAUAACUACGAACUAACACAAUUACGAUGGCCACAAAAGCCACGCAUUCUGAAAUAUUAUGCGGAACUAAAAGAUCGUAUUUACUAUGAUCGUAAGUUCAAAAUAUACGAGGAAAUUGAGGCUAUGUCACGUGUGAAUGCAUCAAUGGCCUUGGAAAAAUUACAAAGGACGGAUGUGUUCGAGAAAAACUUCCUCCAGCUAGAUGUGAAUCGACCAAACUUUGACACACUAGUUUCGUAUACAGAAAACGAGGAAUACACUCUGCCAACAUUACUAAGUCAAAUUGGUGGUCUUUGCAGUAUAUUUCUCAGUUUCACUUGUGUUUCUGUGCUCGAGUUGAUCGAACUACUCGUUCGUUUGACUUGGGUCUCGUGGCCAUCACUCAUCUCGUUCAUUGGUCUCUCAAAGUCAUCCCGAAAUGUCAAACAGCAAGCACCACCACUACCACAACAACAACAGUCGCAGUCGGAAGCCGUGUCACAUAACGGCAAUCCCGAAAUUGUGAACGACAUGAACAAACCGUUAUAUACAGUUGAUCCUGCAACACCGGAAUUGGUGACAUUUAUUCCAAAUCACCGUCUCCGUUGGAAUACAAAAUAUAACAUACAAAACGCUGAUCUUGCACCAGAUAUGCCCUUAGAAUUCGCAAACGAAGUGCCCGGAAGUUUUGAUGACAGGAAUGUUAAAAUGUCUAUUAGUUUGCGUGAUAUCAAGGGACAUAACGCUGCUAUUCCAACUGUGCCUGAUGUCAGCGCAACCGCGCGAAGUAUCUCGGAUGCGCAUCUCAGCUUCACAAAACCGUAG